GUGUGCAACUGUGUGAAAAAAGUUUGGGAGUGACAGGCAAACCUCUUGCGUCACAGGUUUUUCACCAACCGAGAGAUGCAUUUGUGACUGUUUGGCUUCACAUCCGUUAACACUGCGUCGUGCGCAGCUACCGACAGUCGGUGUAACUUCACGGCUCCACCGACAUCCACCUCCUCCAGCCUGAUGUUUUAUGUCAAAGCCGUGCCAGCCCUGACACGGGCAGGGGCGGACAUUCCCAUUAAACGGUUACUCUCCAUCCGAAGACUCCGGCCCAUCGUCACCUCCACCUACAAGUCGGCGGCGAACCAGACGGAGCAACAAGACGAUGUCAGCAGCCGCGGCGGCGCUCAACAUGACUCGGCUCGGUCGGAGUGUCCCGGACAACCGGGGAGAGGAGGGGGAGACAACACCACCGCCGCCGCCACUGCUAAUGAGAUCUCCGUAGACUUUGACCAGACUCAGGAGGCGUAUAAGAGCAAAGACUCAUUAGAGCUGCUCAGAAGUUUGGUGGUUUUCAAACUCUGCACCUAUGACUUCCUGGUUGAUAAGAAUAAAGAGAUAAUGGAUCUAGGUAAGAAGAUCCUGGGCCAGAGAGCCUUCAACCAGUUUAUGAAGAUGACAUUUUAUGGCCAGUUUGUAGCUGGUGAGGACCACAUGGCCAUCAGGCCGCUGAUCCAAAAGAACCAGGCCUUUGGCGUCGGCUCUGUCCUGGACUACAGUGUGGAGGAAGACAUCAGCCAGGAUGAGGCCAAGCAGAAAGAGAUGGACUCAUGUGUAUCCGCUGCAGAGAAAGAGAGCAUAGGCAAGGACCACAGAGAAAAAAAACAGUUUGGGGACAGUCGCGGGGGAGUGACUGGAACCGGCACAUAUUUCUACGCCGAUGAGGCCAAAUGUGACCAGCAUAUGGAGACCUUCAUCAAAUGCAUCAAAGCAUCUGGUGGGAGUUCAAUGGAUAGUUUUUCUGCCAUCAAAAUGACUGCUCUAGGACGACCUCAGUUUCUGCUCCAGUUCUCAGAAGUCCUGGUGAAAUGGCGGCGAUUUUUCACCUUCCUGGCAUCACAGCAGGGGAAAGAUGGCGUGGAGGCCUUAGAGCAGAGGCUGGAGCUGAAACAACUGCAGGAAUUCCUGACUAAACUAGGUGCAAAAGGUGACUUCUAUGGCUGGUUUACUGGAAGGAAAGAGGAAUCUUCAGGAACCAUUGACAUGCUCGACUGGAACACCCUAAUCGAUGACAGAACAAAGAUAUCCGACCUGCUGGUUGUCCCAAAUGUAGAGCUAGGUGAGCUGGAGCCUCUGCUGGAGACGUUCACUAUAGAGGAAGAGAAGCAAAUGAAGAGGAUGUUACAGCGCAUGGACGUCUUAGUCAAGCAUGCCAUGGAGAAUGGUGUUCGCUUGAUGGUGGAUGCAGAGCAAACGUAUUUGCAGCCGGCUAUCAGCAGACUGACAUUAGAGAUGCAGAGGAUCUACAACAGGGAAAAGCCUGUCAUCUUCAACACCUACCAAUGCUACCUCAAGGAGGCCUUUGACAAUGUAACCAUGGAUGUAGAACUGUCUCGACGUGAGGGUUGGCAUUUCGCUGCCAAGCUGGUGCGUGGGGCCUACAUGUAUCAGGAGCGAGAGAGGGCCAAAGAGAUUGGUUAUGAGGACCCUAUUAACCCUGAUUAUGAGUCUACCAAUAGAAUGUACCACAGGUGUCUGGACUAUGUGCUGGAUGAGAUUGCGCUCAACAGAAAUGCCAACGUAAUGGUGGCUUCCCACAACGAGGGCACAGUGAAACACACCUUGAGGAGAAUGAAUGAGCUGGGUCUCUUACCCACAGAGAACAAGGUGUACUUCGGUCAACUACUGGGCAUGUGUGAUCAGAUCAGUUUCCCACUGGGCCAGGCAGGCUUCCCCGUCUAUAAGUACGUCCCCUAUGGCCCGGUGAAUGAGGUGAUGCCCUACCUGUCUCGGAGAGCCCAGGAGAACCGAGGCUUCAUGAAGGGUGCCCAAAAGGAGAGGGAGCUGCUGUGGCAGGAGCUGAAACGUAGACUUGCCUCUGGGGAGCUUCUCUACAGACCGGUGUACUGAAAACACAGAAGAAGAGACAAAGAGGAGAGUGUGUCAAUGUGUCAAGUUUUUUUUUUUUUAAUCUUCCCUGGUUGAUGGCUGCUGCUGUGGCUGUCUGUUCUGUCUCUCCCUCUGUACAGCUCUCCCUGGAUGUACAUCUCCUGUUCUACCCUGUCCCGGAGUUUUCUUGCUGAUGGACUGUUUUGGCAUGUCACUCUUUUUUUCUGUCUUCCCACUGUUGUUUUUCUCCAUUCUAUUCCUUGUUGAUGUUACCCACAUUCACCCCCAUCCUUUCUUCUGUGUACUGCCCAUGUUCUCUCUAUUUCUUUUCCUUAUCCGCCUCUGCAUCCAUAAGCAUCCCUCAUUUUGUCUUCCCAUUGUCUAUAGAGCUCUGGUAUCCAUCAAGUGGGCAUCUUUACUGCUCCAAAAGGACUCCCUAAAAUGUCAACGAGACCGGUGCGGGCGUCUCUUUUUAUCACCCUAUUUAUUUUGUAGAGGGACAACAAUAAUAAAAAUAACAGGCUUGAUUUAAAUGGUAGUAAAGGGAACAUCAAUAUUCCCCUCCUAUAUUAUGUUUUUUUGACUGUGUGGACAGCCACACAGUCCCCCGAGGAGGCGUCUCUGUACUGUAUAUUUGUGUGCUGUGUUUGACGCUGUAUUGCUGGUUUGAAAAUGAUGCCUGUUUAUGAAUCAAUGAGAACGUAUAAACGGUUCCUCACAGCACAUCCCUCUUCUUCUAAGAGCGCAAUGCUUUUGUUAUUGUAUUUACUGGAGCAAGCUAUAUUCUUGGUCACUGAGGUGUUACAAGCGAACAUACAGCGUUCAGUAUUCAGUGAGUGAAUCUCCUUUUAAUACAGAUGCCUGCAAGUCUGGCAGGUUGUUUCUUUUUCAUGACACAAGAGACUAUGCAGGGGAAUAAUAAGUUUGAUGGAUUAACACUGGGCAAUUUAUAUCUUUGACAAUGUAAAUGUGUUUGAAGCAGGUAAUUCCAUUUGUUGGGUUUUUUACAUGUCUCACUUUAUGGACCUGUGGAACUGCUCAAUGAAUACAUAUGUAUUGUAUGAAUAGCAAAAGUCUACUUCAAAAUUUAGUUAAAAGGAGGACUGGAUGUUAUUGACUGCAAUAUUGUAGCUGUGAGCUAUUUGUAAAGCUUGGGUUGUUUUGGGUUUUAAUUCUGUGACAUCUUCCGCUAGGUUAUUGAUACACAAUUAGUAUUUGAGUCAGAGGGUAACCAAGCUUCAUGAUAAUUAUGGCCUUGUCAUUUUAUGAGAGCAGUCAGUGCUCUCUAGACCAUCAUUUAAUUACCCAUGAUGCUACGCUCAAUACAGAUCACAGAAAUUGGAUGCAUUAAUCAUUACUCAGAAAAAACUUUAGUGGCUGUUAAGUUUUACUGAGGCAAAGCACCACAGAGCUGUCACUGCUGCUGUAUUCUAUUGGAUUAAUUAAGAAUCAAGUCUACUUUUGAUUUAAGAUGUGCCUUUGGGUAUACAUUUGCCAACAAAUCCCUUCUCACAGUGCGCUGGAGUUUUCCUGGUUAACUUCAGUUGCAAAGAUAAUUUAGGGGACACAUUAUAGUGUGAAAAAUCCUACACAAGUUCCAAGUCAGUCAAAACCAGCAUGGGUUCAGCAUAUUCUUUGAGACUUAUCAACACUUCUCCCUACAUUAAAGCACACAGGCAUGUAAUAGAGUCAGCCGGGGCUAAUUUACUUUACGUAAUGAAUGUUGACUUUGUAUUAUGCAAGACAUGACAGGCAAAUGGCAUAUGUAACUGAUUUCUUUGGGCUCCCCGGCCUUUGGUUCCACACGGUCUGACGUCUUGGAUUGUUUGUUUGGCUGGGCCCUUGGCUUUGUGGUUUUAAUGGGACCACAGCAUUCCGGUGCUUUUCAAAGCACAGCUACAUAUGAUGAUUUGAAAACAUACUGAGCAUUGUUUUUCAGGUUUAGAAAUUUGAAAAGAUUUUGUUCUUCUGUAGCACAAUGGAUGGACUGACUUGCUGCUGCAUUCCAGCAGGCAUUUAAUCUCUAAUCAACGUUUGUGUGCCAAUAGAUGAACUGACAGUAAGGAGUAUGAUGGCUUUGAGCCUCCCAGGAGUAUUGUGUAUUUUUAUCUUUUGACAGCAAACAGAUUACUGGCUCACAGCACAGAAAACAGAAAACUGGGCCCAAGCCCAUUCAAUUCAACGGCUGUAAUCAUACCUUCAGUGACGAGAUUAUGUUGAAACUUUAUUUCACUCCAGGAGGGCUGAGAAGGUUAGAGAAAUCACUUUUCAAUAUACAGUAGAAGGUUGAUUCAUAAAAAUCAUCCUCUUGCAAAAGUUGAAAGGGCGUUUUUAUCUGCUUAUGUUUACUAUGUAACCCCACCUAAACAUUUACAUCAGCAAUUUGAUCCUUUCAACUCACCAAUAUUUUGGUUGGAACCACAGAUAAAUAAUCAGCGUGUGUCCAUCACUAUACUCCUACAUAUAACUGUAGCAAUGGUAGAAGUACUCACUUACUAACUGCUUGCUGACUGACUUUUGGCUGCUAUUUCAUUUCAACCACAACACGAAAAUCCAGUUAUCAUCAGUUACAAAAGGAGUAUUCUGCAUGACAACAGGUUGGCUGAGAUGUUUAAAUCAUUUGGUUCUUCUGUAAAAAAAAAAAAAUAUGACUUCAAUACAGUGGUGAUGGAGGGAAAUUUCAGAAAGGAGACCUUCAACAACAGGCAGUAGACUGUAUUUCCUGACAUUGCAGCAUAAUUGUAACAUUAUGUCUACAUGGCCAGUCAGAAUGACAAGCACAGUAUAACUCAGUAUACUGGCAUCAGUGAAGAAGCUGCAAGACAUGUUGUCAAUAUUUUAUAACAACAUCUGAGGCUAACUUGGCUCAAAUGUCUAACAAGGAGAAAGGGUUGCUAACUUUCUGCAAUACACUGACAUUUCCCCAGUAAAAUAAUUGGCAACACUUUACAAUAAAGGGACACAGAAAAUCCCAGGUAAUUACCAAAGAACAACUGAGGAACAAACCAGAAACCAAGUGGUAAUUGAGGUAUAUCCCACAAGUACUUCCUGAAUAAUUAGAAAUGCUAUAUUCUAUAGUCUACAUAGAGUUAAAUUCACUGUUUUGCUGUCUUGGUCAGAGUUAGAUGAGAAGAUUGAUACCACUCUCAUGGCUGUACAAUAAGCUAGGAGCCGGUUAGCUUAACAAGACUCCAGGAAGUCACUGCGCCUGGCAAAGAAAUAGUCCAGCACAAAACCCCCAGUAAGACAACAAAAAACCCAAAAUGUACGAAAUGAUAUAACCUGUAAUUUUAGAGCUGCUGGCAGGCAGAUUUUGUUAGCUAUGGACAGAGCCAAGCUAGCUGUUUCCCCCUGCUAGCUAAGCUAACCAGCUGCUGGUGGAAGCUUCAUAUUUACCCAUCGAACUAUUCAUCGAACUAUAACCAAAUCAUUUUGAUACACAGAAAAAAAGCUGUCAGUAGUAAAAUUGAAUUUAAUGCAGGAAUGGAUGACUAGGCUACCAUGCAGGAACAUUCAGUCACUUCUUCAAAAGGUUGUUUAUGCAUUUCUGUAAGUCUUUAACAUUAUUUGUUAAUGUAGAUUAGUUUGCUUUCACUCUUUUUUUGUGUGUGUGUAAGGGGUGUUGUCUAAAUUAGUUACUAAGAAUAAUUAUUAUUACUAAGAAUGUGACUUGGCUUUUGGGUAUAAAAAAUGGUUGAAGGAAUGGAUGGACAAAUCAUGAGCCUGUGGAAAACAGCUCUGACGAAGAGCUAAUUUUCAGUCUGGCAUACAUUAAAAACAUCAUGGAGGACAA